AUGACGCCGACGGCGUCGACGUCGGGGUCGUCGAGCGCGUUGGUCAGGGAUCUUCGUGAGGAGAAUCUGUUGCUUUCGGACGCGUUGCGCGAGGCGGAGGCGGAAUUAGAGGCGGCGAGAGCGCGCGAGGGGGCGGCAAAAAGCGGCCGAACAACAGAGGAGGGAUAUUUCGAUAACUCAACGGUGUCUUACGAGAUCAAGGUGCGGAAUCUGACGAAGAAUUUGGAGUUUCAGCAAGAACGCGCGGCGCAGCUUCGGUCCGAUUACGAUGAGCAGAGACUCAAGCUCGAACGCUAUCGUUCGCUCGAGGAAGUCAUGGGUCGAGAAAACGAAGCUCUGCGCAAAGAUUUACAAAUUGCAAGCGAAGAACGUGAUAAGGCGAUGCGAAGAGCCGAGACUUCGGAGAUCAUGGCGGCACACGCUAAGAAUGAAGUCUCCGCGUUGGGAAGCGGCGAGGUGUCCGAGUCGGCGUUAGUACAAGAAAACCUCGAGCUCAGACGUGAGAUUGCGGUGAUAAAUUCCGCGAAAUCUACCGCAGAUGAACAUUUAAGGUUGACGCUGGCGCACUUGCGCGCGGCGAGGGACGAAAACGUGCGGUUGACGGAGACGCUUUUGAAGAAAACGGAAGAGAGCUUUGCAAAGGAGGCGCGUAACGCUGAACUGGAGCAAAUGAUCGAUGGCGUCACCUUGCGGGAACACACGAGCUCGAAAGAGCUCGCCAUCGCACUUCAAGAGCGCACAGAUGCGAUCAAUCGGGCGAAAAUCUUCGAAAAAGAUGUCAAGCGGUUGAGCGGUGAAGUUGAGCGCUUGGUGGCAAAAAUUGGCGAUGCCGAACGAGCGGCGGCGCGUGAAAAAGAAGAGAUUCGCUUCGAGUGCGCCGAACAAGUACAAGAUCACGCGAUGCAAGUGUCAAAACACACUGCGUCUGCGCGCGAUGCCGCGGUUGAGGCGCAAAAACAAGCGACGAUCGCGAAUUCUGCUUUGAUGGCGAAGCAAGAGCUCGAGUUCGAGCUUCACGAGGAACGGCGUCGACGCAUCGAUCUCGAGCGUCAAAUCGCGCAAAUCGAAGCGGCAAAACAAACCAUCGCCGAUUUUACCGCCGAUGCCGAAGCCUCGGUGCUGCGCUCGAUUCAAGCCCAGCGCGAAGCCAACGUGGAGGUGCAGCGUCUGAGAAUAGAAAAGCACGACUUGCGAGGUCGUCUCGCGGCGACGCCCUCGCCUUCGAGCGCCGACGAGGCCUGGCGCACCCAACUCGGCGCCACGAUUGACUUCCAUCGAACGCUUCGUGGUAGUCCAACGUCGACACCGACGACGCAAACCCGCGCAAGUUGGUCUCGCGUCACCGAUCUCGGCUCUGGCGCCGCGUUCGCGAGCAAGGCGACGCCGUCGUCGGCGCAGCAGCGCCUCGACGAGAUCAAAUCCGAAAUCGCUCUCAUUAAGCGCCGUCAAACCCCGGUCAAGACCUCGCUCGAGACAAAAUUCAAUCUCGAAAACGGUCCGCGCGUGUCCACUGCUCCUAGAGACGUGUACGACGACGACCGCGUCGCCGACUCGACGCCGUAG